UGUUCAGGGUUCCAAAGAGACAGGGUGAGCGAGCUAGAUUCGUCAAAGAAAUUUAGAGAAAGAGAAAUAGAUUAAAUCAACCAUGGGAAGUGAUAAAAAGGUGUUUUUGGUUUUCCUGAUCGUAACAAUGCUUUUUAUGGAUAGUACUUCCUAUCCUAAGAGUCUCAUCAGCCUAGGUGGUGUCGCUGCCAGGAGUCUCGAAGCUAGUGCUGCCGGCACUACAAGUUAUAAUGUGAUUAACGGUGCCGAUGGAACCAUAUAUGACAAUGGCCCGGACAACGUUGGCAAUGGUAAUAAUACAUCGUCGCAAGAACUACCACCACCUAUGUCCGCACCCGCACCAUCUACAGCUGUACCGGUGGAACUACCACCACCUACAAUUGUACCUGUGGAACUACCACCACCCACGUCUGUAUCCACACCAUCAAACGUUGUACCAGUUUAUGGGGGUAGGUAUGGCUAUCCUUGGUGGCCAUUUCAGGUUUCAGAAUAUGGACAUGGUGAUUCUGCAAAGGACUCGGCAUCAGAAUCAGCUCCAGGAGAAAAGCAGAAACAAUUGCAGCCAUAGAGGCUGUCUCUUGGGCAGGUGAUCACCUACAAUUCUUCAAAACAAUCUUUGAGACGAAAGACUUGAAGACUGUCAUAAGAGAAGAUAUACUAAAUAAAGCUACAAUUAUUUAUGGUCAUCUGCCUCUAUUCUACAUUUAGCUAUAAAUAAAGCCGCCGAAAGGAGCUAAUUAAAUGGAUCGUGAAGAAUACAUCAAAUUAUGUUCAUGUACUUACUUUUGAUGUAAAAUAAAUGAAUAAGUGAAAGUACGUAACUUCAUUUAAGGGUCAUAAAUAAAAGAAACCUUCUACUACAA